AUGCUGAAAGCCUUUACCGCCUUAGUCGCCCUGAGUACUGGUGCAAGUGCCGCUCAGCAGUGGACAGCUGGUGACACGUACGGCUGGACUGCACCCGACCGCGCCGCGAGCUCGUAUCACGGCUUUGCCGGACCUGUCGGCGCAUUGUCCAACGUGCGCGGCGAUGGCUAUACCACCUUCAGCCACCCGUUGUUCCCCGAGUAUAGCGCGCGUAUCAAAGAGAGCAGGUGGUGUGACUCUGGUGUCAAGACGUAUACGGGCUAUAUCGACAUUGCGGCGCGGCACCUGUUCUUCUCGUUCUUUGAGAGCAGGAACGAUCCUGACAAGGACGACGUAUUGUUCUGGACCAAUGGCGGCCCAGGAUGCUCCUCGUCCGUCGGUCUUCUCAUGGAACUCGGACCAUGCCGCGUCACAAACGCAACUGGCGAGCCGAAACGGCACGAGUACGCAUGGAACGAAAGGGCCAAUGUGUUCUUCAUCGACCAACCUGUCAACGUCGGAUUCAGCUAUGCUGAGUACGGCGAGACAGUGUAUACGUCUGAAGAAGCGGCAGUCGACAUUGCCAAGUUUGUCUUCUUGUUCUUCGAGAACUUCCCGCAGUUCAAAGGGCGCUCUUUCCACAUGGCCGGGGAGUCGUUUGGCGGCCGGUACAUUCCAUUGUUCUCGGCUGCAGUGUACGACCAAAACGCGCUGCUUGUUGAGAACGGCUUCGAUCCGAUCAACCUGACUUCCGCUAUCAUCGGAAAUGGAAUGACGGAUAGGUAUCGCAUAACUCUGUCCAAGUACGAUAUCGUGUGCACGUCUGCAUCCUUGCCACCGGUUCUGCCAAUCGAAACAUGCGUGCGCAUGAAGAAGGCCGUACCGCGCUGCGAGAAGCUCUUACAGGCGUCCUGCGUCGACCAAUUCGACUCGAUGGGAUGCGAAGCAGCAGCAGCCUUCUGCAACACAGAGAUCGGGCUGCCCUUUGCCCUAAGUGGUCUCAACGUGUACGACAUCUCCAAACCUUGCAUCGGAACCCUUUGCUAUCCUGUCAUGGACGAGAUCACAGGAUAUCUGUCCCGACCCGAUGUUCGUGAGAUCCUCGGUGUUGACCCAGCCGUGCCCGCGUCCUUCCAAGCUUGCAACAUGGAAGUUAAUGCGGGCUUUGCAUUGAACGAUGACGGCUUACACGAUUCAACGGCUCACGUCGCGGCUCUGCUUGAGCGCGGUGUGAAGGUGCUUGUUUACGUCGGCACGUACGACUGGGGUUGCAACUUCGUCGGGAAUCAACGAUUCGUCCAGGCGCUUGAAUGGACAGGGCACGAUGCGUUCAAUGCUGCCGAGGAUCGGGCAUGGAUCGUCGACGGAGAAGUCGCGGGGAAGACUCGAAGCGCGGCAGGGCUCACAUUCGCCACUGUGGACGCUGCUGGACAUAUGGUUCCGUACGACAAGCCUAAGCAGGGAUUGGCCAUGAUCAACCGCUGGCUUAAUGGCACCUCACUUUGA